UUUAGAAGGGCGGUACUAUCGUCGCUAUCACAAAUGCUCAAUGGAAACGGAAACAACUACUUUAAGUGUGCACAUACAUCCCCUGAAGGUAACAGCAGAGCAGGUCGUAGACGGCGACACUCCUUGGUAGCAGCAGCAGUCCGGUCCGGCGGCUCCUCCUUUGCCGAUGUUAACGGCUAGAUUUUCCGGCAGCCUUGUAAAAACGUACUCCCAGCGGCCUCUUCAGCAAUGGUUCUCUCUUUCCGGCACCAAGUUCUUCCUUCUCGUUCGUCAAAACAGGCCGAUCGUCAGAAUAGUCCGGCGAACAGAGGUGUCACAAAGGACUUCAAUUACUAUAUGCAGAAGGCUCAACUUGCUAAACAAAAGGAGCAAGGAGUUGUCCUGAUGGCUGAACAUGAUAGAUGGCUCGAAGAUUCUGAAGAUAGUGAGCCAGAGAAUUUGGCACUGAUGGCAAGGGUAACUGAAUCUGGAACUGAAAGUGAUGACUCUGAAGAAGAAGACAAUGGUUCUACAUCUGCUGAGAAUGAGGCACUCAUUGUAUCCUUGUGAAGAAUAAGAAGAUUCAAGAUAAAGAAGAAGAGAGGAGGAGAAAAGAAGAUAACACUAGGAGGCCAUUAAACCCAAGAUGCUCUUUUGUAAUUUGAGUUUAAAACUCAUUUUUCUUUGUCAUCCUUGGUGGUCUUUGUGUUUGUAUUGUGUUUUUGUUGAACUGUGGAACUUUUGGACAAACAUUGACACUUGUAAACAUUUGAUCUUACUCGAGACGAGUAAAUGUUUAAG